GCAAAAUGUCAUUCAGUCAACAAGAUGUAUUAUUAUGGUGUGGUCGUGUUCAGCGUGCUCUUCGGCGUCUCGUGGAGCGACAAGCUCCUGACGUUCCCGCCAGGGUUCAAGUUCGGGGCGUCUACAUCGGCCUACCAGAUCGAAGGAGGAUGGAAUGCUAGCGACAAAGGCGAGAGCAUAUUCGACCGACUGUACCACGAGCGUCCUGAUGCUUCAAUGGACCACAGCAAUGGAGAGAUCGCUUGCGACUCCUACCACCAGUGGAGACGGGACAUCGACAUGAUUGCGGAGAUGGGCUUACACGUCUACAGAUUCUCAAUCUCCUGGCCUCGUCUCCUGCCGACCGGGUUCAACAACUAUAUCAGUGAAGCCGGCAAGAAUUACUACAACAAUCUGAUCGACGGACUGUUGGCGCGGAACAUCGAGCCCCUUAUCACCAUCUUCCACUUCGACCUUCCACAAUCGAUACAGGAUCUUGGUGGUUGGGCCAACCCCCUUAUAGCGGAUUGGUUCACGGACUACGCCAGGGUCGUGUACACCCUCUUUGGAGACAGGGUGAAGAUGUGGAUAACUCUAAAUGAGCCCAUGGCGAUCUGCGAUGGCGGCUAUGGCGACUUCUUGGCUCCUAAGAUUGUGGACCCAGAUGUGGGCUUGUAUUUGUGUUCCAAGAAUGUUGUGUUAGCACAUGCUAAGGCUUGGAGGGUUUACGAUGAGGAGUUCAAACCGAAAUAUCAUGGCAAAGUAUCAAUGACGAACCUAUUCUUUUGGUACGAGCCUGUAUCGGAUGAAGACAAGGAGACCACGGAUCUCAUGCUCGAAUACUGUGAGGGCCGGUUUUCCCACCCAAUUUACUCCAAAGAAGGUGGCUGGCCUAAGAAACUGCAGAAGCUGAUCACGGAACAAGGAUAUGAGCAAGGAUACUGGAGGCCCAGAAUGCCUGAGUUUACUGAAGAAGAAAUUAAAUUUAUUAGAGGCACUUACGACUUCUAUGCGUUAAAUCAUUACACCACAAACCUGGUGAAAAAAGCGAAGCCGGGUGAAAAGGUGGGCGCAUGGCCGUUCGACGGUCAACCGAUCAUCGGCGCGAACUUCCAAAAAGGAAAUGGGUGGAAAACUGCUGCACCUUCUUGGUUUUACAUAUAUCCCGAGGGUCUUCGCCAUCAGCUAAACUGGAUCAGAGAGAACUACGGCGACAUUACCAUCUUCAUUACGGAGAACGGAUACGCAGGCGGCAGCACGGGCCUGCGAGACCAGGAGAGAAUAGACUCCAUGAGGGAUAACUUGGAACAGACUUGGCUGGCAAUAUACGAAGAUGGCAUUGACAUUAGGGGGUAUAUAACCUGGUCACUCAUGGAUAAUUUUGAAUGGAUCGGCGGGUAUUCGGUCAAAUACGGGCUAUACGAAGUGGACUUCAACUCUACAGAGCGCACGCGCACGCCGCGCGAGUCGGCGCUGUACUACGAGAGGGUAGUCAAAACUGGAUCUGUCUUCGUUCACUCAGAUGAGGAUAAGCAUAUAGAAUUGUAAACCUAUUUACUUUUAAUAAAGAGGCUGUAGCGUUAAGAGUUUAUUUAUAAAGCUUAAACCAAUAAAUUUUAU